AUGAUUCUCAGCGGCCUCGAAAUCAUCACCCGAUCACUUGUCCGCAACCUCCGCAACGCAGCCCAUCAACAACAACCCUGCGGCGUGGACCUCACUCUCCGCCAAAUCUCCAGAUGGAACUCUCCCGCCACGAUAGACUUCGACAACACACAUCGAAAAGCCGCCGAGACAAUCUCUUUGCCUUUCGAUGAAACCACCGAAAGUCAGAGCAUAAGUCUCCAACCAGGCGCCUAUCUGGUCGACUUCAAUGAGACGGUCAAAAUACCUCUGGACUGCAUGGCGACUGUGUUUCCCAGAUCUUCGCUGUGGCGAUCAGGAGUGAGUGUUACCUCGGGCGUGGUCGACGCAGGUUAUGAGGGAGGAAUGGGAGCACUUUUGGAGGUCAAAAAUCCUGCUGGUGUGAUUUUGUUCAGGGAAGCGAAGUUGGCGCAGAUUGUAUUCGAGGAGAUGAAAGGCGCGGUGGAGGGGUACAAGGGCGUGUAUCAGGGUUCGACGAGGAGUGCAGGGCAAGGAGGAGUGGGGUUAUGA